CGGGACGGUUCCCGCGGAGCCCGGAGCUUAUCCAUACUACUGAAAAAAGCUUCGCUGCCUGGCAUCGAUUGAUUCGAUUCUCAUUUCCCCGACGUUGCUAUAGUCUAAUAUGGCAAUUGACUGUGCCCUGUCUUAGAGUGCAAGAACCUCCAAAGCCACAUAUGGUAAUGCCUGCCAACACGGGAACAAAUAAAAUCAACGAUUGAACAUCCUCACAGCUGCCAAUAUGUCCGCCGAGCCACUCAGUAUACUACUGGCAAGCACAGCCGCAUCCCUUUCACUAGAUCUAUUCAUCCACCCCUUGGAUACGAUCAAAACCCGCAUCCAGUCUCGCGAAUAUUCACAGUUCCUGAGAACCAACACUGGAACCAGCAUAUGGAGACACCCUGGGAUAUUCCGCGGCCUUUACCAAGGCAUCGCGAGCGUAACCGCUGCCUCGUUUCCCACAGCUGGUGCAUUCUUCAUCACAUACGAGUACGCACAGUCAGGACUCCAACUCAUACAUCGAAAGCUUGGAACGCAUGAUUCUAGCUCAGCUCAGGUCUUUUCCGGAUUUUGCGCAGCCUCCGUGGCGGAUCUUGCUGCUUGUGCAGUCUUUGCGCCGGCUGAUGCAUUGAAACACAACGCACAGAUGAUCCAAUCACACCAACCAGAUGCCUCACCACGUGCAGCUGGGGGAAAAAUAGGUGGGGUAGCCCAGAAAUCAACACAACUGGCUUUCAAGAAGUUUAUCAACCCUAGACAGCUUUGGAACGGAUACCCUGCUCUUGUAGCGCAUAGCUUGCCAGUGUCGGCGAUUCAGAUGCCGCUGUACGAGGCUCUUCGGUGUCGCAUUUCUGAAUAUAGAUUCGGAGUUCGAGAGGAGGGGUCAGGAAGACUAAGAGACUAUGGAAAGAAACAGGUCCAUUUGACAAUUGGAGAGGCCGCUUCGACAGCCGCGAUAAGUGCUGCAGUGUCAGGCAGUGUAGCCAGCGUCCUGACAGCACCCAUGGAUAUGGUCCGAACACGAAUCAUGCUCGAUGCUGCAGACACAACCGCGCCGCAGAAGAAAAGAAUGAUCAAUGCCGUACGGGAGAUUAUACGAACAGAUGGCCCAAGGGGCCUAUUCCGAGGGUGCGCUGUAAACACAUUCAUGGCAGCUGUCGGAUCAGGAUUGUACUUUGGUCUCUACGAAAGCACCAAAUGGUGGCUAAGCUCUGACUCGAUGGAAAAGCGUGUCAUGUUGGACUAGGAGGUGAUGGGAAAGCUUCUAUGUAAUUGUGAUUUGUUUGUACGAUAGUGGCCGACUGUACAUUAGUGAUACCCCACUCUUAAGAAAAUAAACUACUCUUCAGUAAGCACCUUCGGGGAGAGCCGAGUCUGUGCCUAUUGCCUUCGAACCAGCCUAAAGAACUGUGGGCGACUGUAAAAUACUCGACCAGAGUGGAUCCACUACUUAGUCCUUGUUUAAGCUGACUACAACCUAUACCGCAAGGGUUGGUUCAGAAAAUG